AUGAACUCUGUGGAAAGGAGAUCAACAUGGAACAUAUCUUCUAGUGAUGAUUUUGUGAUCAAGCCAGUUUUGGGAGAUUUAUCAUGGCCAGAACUUUCUGACACAACCAAAACUCACUCGAGCAAGACUACAUCUGAUUCAUCGAGAAAGAUGAGCGAUGCAUCAGGAUCAUCAUUAGAUUAUGACACUCUUCGUCAGAAUGUUUUAGCUACUAAGUUGAUACACUUCACAAAAGAAUUGUUAAGUACACCGAUCAACGUUUCUGUGUCCGCAAAAAGUGUUCUUGCACAACCCUCGGGACAAAGUUCAUAUGUCCGUCCUGAACAACUUUCUCAUGGUGGUACUAAAAACCAACAUCAAUGGAAUUCAUACGAUAACCAAAAUGGUAAUCAACAAAGGCAUGGAGGCUGGCGCAGUCAGAGUCACGGACAUGGGAAUCAAAACUUGAAUUUGAGAGAGGGUUUUAUACAAGCACCAAGAGGUAUACCAGGAUACGUAAUACAUGCACCACCACCUAUGCCACUAGUCUUUGAUCGGUAUAUGCUACCAACAUAUCAGCCUUGUUAUCAUUUUGGUAGUCCCAUGGUCUCUCAUGAUUUAGCACCACCAAGAAUGUAUAAUCAUUCUCCUCCUAGACCACUCAUCAAACCACCUCUUCCAGUUGUCUACCAAGAUUCUUUGGAAACUAGAAUACGAAAUCAGGUUCAUUAUUAUUUUAGUGAGAAGAAUUUAAAGACCGAUAAUUUCAUGCGCAUGCGCAUGAGUAGCGAAGGUUUUGUUCAUAUACAAUUUAUUGCAGGUUUCAAUAAGCUCAAAGCGUUGACAAGAAACAUUCAACUUAUAGUGGACGCUUUACAAAAUUCAAACGUUGUUGAAUUGAAGGGCUAUGAAAUACGAAGUCGAGAUAUGUGGAGAAAAUACUUAAUGCCUCUUCAUUUGCGGGUUCCUUUUGUUCCAACCCUAGAACAUGAAAGACCUAAGCAAAGUCCAAAACCAAUCACCCAAAACAUAAACUCGGGUAAAGUUCUAACUGAUAACUUAGAAUAAAAGAUCAAAGUUUAUGUAUGUUGUUUUUGUUCCGGAUUAAUCCGAGGUAGUAUGUUCUUUUCGUUAUAUGAACCUCUUAUUUUAUACGCAUUUUAA